CUGAAGUAAAUGUUCAACCUUGUACAGUUAAAGAGAAAGGUGAAGCUAACAAAAAGAAGGAAGGGAAAUCUAGCAUGUUUAAUGCUUUCUUCAGGCUUGUGGAACUGGAAAGAGGGAGGAUCAGUAUUGAUGAUGGUGAUGUUUCAAAGUUAGGAUUGAUGGACUUCCAUAAGGUUGUUGGUAUUAUACUACAGUUGCUUAUUCUGUUCUCACGCAGUGUUGGAUUCAAUCCUUGAUCCAUUCAAUGAACACAGUGGUGCUGAUCUGUGGGUGGCUUUAGAGAGGGCACAUAUCAAAGAAAUGAUCAGGAUGAGCUCUUUGGGUCUGGAUACUGAGGAUUUUCUUCAAGAUAAAGUUCUGUAUGAUCUUUUCUUAAGGUUAAUCUGUACCUUAUACUUGAUGCAUUGUAAAUUGUGUCGGAACAAUUGCUCUAGAACUCAAAAUGAUCUUUCCAACGAGAUAUAAUACGCUUGAAACGGUAGAACAUACAGCAAGAUAUGAGUGUCAAAAAUACUAAUCCUGAACUCUGUGAUUUAGCGCUUUCAGCGUAAAUAGAGCAUUUUUAGCGUAAAUACAGUCGGGGAUUUGAAAUUCGGUUCAUUAGGUAGUCUUCCCGUAAUAUUUUGAAACCGAUGCCUGAAGACGAGUUUUAGAACUCGAUAAGAUCUUUCCAACGAGAUAGAAAACGCUAUAAACGGAACUAAAUACAGCAAGAUGUGAUGAGAUCAAUUUUUCUACACGUGUUCGGAGUGAAAUCGGAACAAUAGCUUUAGAACUCAAAAUGAUUUUCCAACGAGAUAUAAUACGCUUGAAACGGAAGAACAUACAGCAAGAUAUGAGUGUCAUAAAUACUAAUCCUGAACUCUGUGAUUUAGCGUUUUCCGCAUAAAUACUAAGGGAGGGGUUGAAGGCUGAAUGACAUGCAAUACUAAGGGCGGCCAAGGGCCUUCAACCUAUGGGACUGAAAGUGAAACUGGCUCCAGGAGUUUGGAUUGUCAUGCUCAACUGUUUGGCUUGACAGUCAGAUUUUCAAAUCUUUGUGAUGGAUAACGUUUCAGCAUUGGUUGAUCAUUCCAACAAUAAACAGUACUUUGAGAAAAUAAUUCAGGAUUUCAUACAAAACUGUUAUCAUCAAGGUGUUCUAUGUUGGGCAGUAGGCUUCGGCCCAUUCAGAUCUGGGAGCCAAAUAAACAAAGAGCAGCAGCCUGCUCUAGUUAAAUGUGCAGGCAGCCCUAGUUGGGCCUGUUUCUUUGGUGGCAGUCAGGCCCAGAACCUUAUUAAGUGUUUUACCCUAAUUGUUUGCCUAUAUAUAUUGACUCCUGUACUUGUAAACUAUGACUUGUAUCAUUCAUCAUCUCAAUAAGAAAGAAAACCCUAGUUGCCCCCGUGGAUUAGGUCAGUAACACUUACUGGCUGAACCACGUUAUAUUCGUGUGCCGUUCUUCUCGUUCUUUUCAAGUUUUUUCAGAUUCGUGCGUGUGUGAGAUCUAACCCUAACAUUCUAUUCAUCGGAGAUGCAGAUUGUUAUGGUCGGAGUACUAACUGAGAUUCUGUGCAUGCAGCUAUUGGUCAGAUGGUGGGUGAUGGUGGUUUGUUAUUACUAAAGAUUCUUACUGAUGAGUUGGGUGAAGAAGGAUUAUGCAUAUGGAGUUGGCCUGGUGGCAGUGUGGCAAGUUCUUUCUUACCUUUCUUGGUUGCUGAUGUGAAGACUGAGACUUACAGUCCCGAAGCUGACUUUGUAUUCUCAAUUGGAGAUUUUAUAAGAGAUCAGACAUGGGGCAGUGAAGGAGAUAACAAACUUGGCCAAAAGGAUCACUAUGUUGACAAAGAGAUUGAGUGGAUACCAAAACGAAGAAAACUAUCCAAGCUGAAGUACUGGGAAGGCAGAGGAGCAAGGAUAAAGCGUACUGGCAUGGCUGUUUCUUACUCAAUUACUCCCCACCUUGAGGACAAGGUGGUUGUCAAAGGGGGAGUAAUGAUAGAAACCUAGACAGUACUAGUAAUAAGAAUAAUAUUAGUCUUUUUAUAUUGUAAAAUAAAAGGGGUUUAGGCUCUGAAUUUUAAUAGCAUUGGGCUAGCCCAAAUGGAAAAGAAUAAAUAGGAGUUGGGGGAGUAGAAUAGAGGCAGGCAGAACUUGAGACUUGGGCUCGGAGUUUGGGAGAGAGGCUGCGCUAAGUGCUUAAUGGUGUAUCGUUUCAGUUCUGUUCUUCUUUCAUGUUCUUAAUAAACAUCAAUUUCCCUCUUUCGAUUUCGG